CCUCUUUUUUUGUACCGAAUAUGAGUACAAAAUUUAUAAAAAUGUGACUACGAUAUAAAAAGUUAGAAAAUUCACCAGAACCCCACCUUAACUCCCACGGGCUGGCUACUCUACAAACGCAGACUAUACAAAUAAAAAAAAACAGCGAAGCCAACGAACCUCUCGGCGCAAGCUCGUCGAAUCCAUCCGCAUAAUUCAUGCGCGAUCAUCGUCAGCAGGCGCUCUCGCUCGCGGCUAGACACGCGCGGGAGGCUUUUACAAAUAUAUUUCCCGCCAGUAUAUAGAGUCCCCGGCUAAUUUGCAUUUUAAUUGGCGCAUUACCAUAACAAACAUCGCUCGCGCCCUUCGUUCCUACUCGUUUCAUCAGCGGCGGCCGGCUGCCUCGCGACAGCUAAUUCUCUAUUAUGUACAUUUAUAACAAUGACGCACUUACGGCCCCGCCUUUAUAACUCGCGCGGCCGUAUACGUCCGCUAGUUUCGCGCGCUGGCGGAUGAUGAAUUCGUCGCGCAUAUAACGAUGUUUUACGUCGCACUGAUGGUUCCGCAUGUGGGGAAUCAAAAUCGGCGAGCCGGCGAACGAUCGCCAUCGGUCUUUUCUCGAGGGUCGUUUGCAAGCCGCGACUCAAACGCGGCGCUGGCAGUAAUAGCCGGAACUAAGUCAAAGUCAUCUCUCUUUCUCUUGGCGUGCAGCGCGAGAGAGACGGGGAAUAUUUUCGGAGCGUCGCGCGCGCUGCGGAAAAAAUAGCCGUUCCGCGGGCGGAUCUUCAGCCGCGGCGCGAGUUCGCUGGCCCGGGUAAUCUUAACUAAUGUCGCCAUCAUUCACGGGCGUAAGUUUCCGUGACCUCUUCUUUCUUCUCACGACGCUACUGCAGCCCGGGAGCUUGCGAGAAUAGAGUUGCAAAUUGGAAAUUUGUUACCGGGGCUCGUCUUCUCCUUCUUCUUCCUCCACCUCCUUUCUCUCCUCCUGCCGGCGCUGCUGUACUCCGCUGCUCAAACGCGCGCGGCCUAAUAACGCUUUUAAAUUUUCAUUAGCCGCUCUGCGGCUCUCGCGCUGUAGCCUCGUUCGAAAAUUUUCAGUAAGCUAUAAUUGCUCGCACGGUAGCGCUGGGCGUUUCUGUGGGUUUCUUUCAAUUAUUACAAUCCAACGGACGGCUCUGCAUAGUUUAUUCGAAGUCAAACUUUUACAAUUUGCAUGCGAACUGUCUAGCGGUCUCUGGAAAAGCUCUCUCCCGGCGCAAAUAAAUCACAGAGCAGCGACGACGAGCUCCGAAAAAGCCGUCGACCGCAGUAAAUUCAUAAUGAAGUGUGCAUUGUAGCGUGUAUCCAGUGCCUCUCUCUCUCUCUCUCUCUCUCUCUCUCUCUCUCUCUCGCGCGCGCGCGCGCGAAUAACGAACCGCAGGCGCAGAGGCGUCGAAAUCGCGCGUCGGCGUCAUCUGCGCGGCAGCACACACAUCGCAACUUUCCACUGCGCGCAAUAGCUGCGGCAAAAACAGCCGCGGAGUUAUACAGCUAGCUCUCGGCAGCAUCAGAGCGACGACGUGUGUACACGUGCGCCCAUCCCGGCGCGCUCUGCUUCAGCUCUCCUCCUCGUCGUCGUCGUUAUUAAGUACGUGGCGGGCGCAAGCUGCAGCCUGCGCAGGCCACACAUAGCGCGGCUAUACGUGGCGCAAAGCCCCGGCAUAAUUGCGCCUCCGCUUUCUCCACUCGCUAAUAUCCCCGGGAUCUUGCCAAAUCGUCGCAAUAAGCAUGCGCCGCACUAGACUUUCCUCUUUCGCGUGUUAUUGUCUGCCAGCGCCCGGCGCGGGCAUUAGCUUCAUUAGAAACAUUUUUGCGCUUAUUUACGCGGGACUUUAAUAUCGCCCAGCUUUUCUUCCUGUGUCGCGCGGCCAGCCGGUAACGGCCGUUACGCCGUAAUGUCCUCUAUCCAGUCGAGCACGCUUGAUACUCGCGCGUAGACCGUCGGGUACUGGUAAGCGCAGUUGUAGCUCCAGGACGCCAGACCUGCAAGCGGACAAUGAGAGCUUUAGUGCACGCACUUAACGACCCUCGAGGCUUUUUCUCUCUUUCUCACGAGUGGACUUGCCUACGAGCAUGUUGCGGUAGACGGCGGGUGAGCCAGAGUCGCCGACGCAGGGACCGAAGCCCGCGGCGAAGACGCAGAACAUGCGGCUGGUCACAGUCUCGAUUCCGUAGACGGACUGGCAGCUCUCGCGGCUUAUCUUCUGGAUGUGGCUCUUCAGCAGGUUAUCCGAAAAUUUCCCCAGUAGCUGUGCGGACACGAGAGCGAUUCGAUGAAGCGUUGAGAAUACAAUUCAUAUAUAUAUAUAUAUAUAUAUAUAUUUCAAAUGAGAGAUCGUGUACCUCCGUGGCUCCCCAGCCGGCUAUGGAGAAGUUGGCGUCGAUCGGAACGACGUCGUCGGGUUUCGGUAGGCCUAUCGGCUGGAUGCCUUCGCCGAAGACGAUUUUCUCCGUCACCUGCGUGCGACAUCGUAUUCGUUACAUUAUAAUAUAACACAAGUCGAUAGCUACUAUCUCGUGGACGCACCUUUAUCAGUCCCACGUCGUAAUCGCGGCUGAGCUCGUUGAACUUUGGAUGCAGAACUACGCUGUCUAUUCUGUAAACAGCCCCGCUCCGAUAGUACUCGGCGGAUCCAAGCCUCACCUGGAACGAGUCUGCCUGUCGUCUGCGGCAGAUUCAACGAUUCAACGGACGUUAUUGCAAUAUAAACUGUAUAAUAAAGCAUCGACCAGCUCCAAUCACAAUAACAUAUAGAGACUCACGCCUGGGCGCACUGGGCCGACGUGAUGAUCCAGUUCUCGUUGAGGAUGCUUCCGCAGCAGAAGUGGUCGAAGUCGUGGCCGUAGAAGCUCCCGUUGUACUGCAGCGAGACCUGCGCCAAGGACGAAUAACGAGUGCACAACGAAACGACUCGAAGAUGAAUUCGCGUGUAUACGAACCAAGUAAGGAUAGUCCCGUAUGUCUGCCGGUUCGCCAUCAAUAAUCCUCAUCGACUUGAAACGCCGAGCUUCGGGGUGAGCGAGACGGUAGCCGAGCCCGCUGCCAAGCAGAAGAAGAAGCACGAGGAGCCGAGACAUUGCCGAUUCCCAAUAACGCAGCUGGUUUCCUUUCUCCAGCCGCAGCUCGAGAUAUCAUCGAUCUACAGCGCUGUCGUUCGCGAUGAUUUCCUUUUAUAUACUUGCUCGCACACGAUGGAAAAGCUGUAUCCAGCGCUUAUCGUCUCUCGCGGCGCGCGGGCAAUAAACAAAAGGCAUUUUUUUCUUAUCAUCUCGUACAUGCGUAGCUAUAUACAUAUACCUUUCUAAUUUCAUAACUACACAACAAUUGGACAAAAUAAUCCGACGUUGCUGAAAUUUAAGAAUUCAAGUGCGCGGGAGAUUGCGCUCUGCAGAGUUCGCCGGCCGCAUUAAUGUUUUAUAAACAUUACUAUAUAAAUAUGCAAAUGCGCGGCGCGCUAUGUCCGGCUGCAGGAGCAGUGUCGCUGGCAUAAAUUAUGCAUUGAAAUACGCCGGGCGCCGUAAAACGCAUCGAUAAUGGGCCGCGUCGUCGCGAGGCGGCAGAGACGAAGGAAGUGGAGAGCGAAUAUUCCCAGCUCUCUCUCUCUCUCUCUCUCUCUCUCUCUCUCUCUCUCUCGCGCACGCGAGCAUUAUACAUAUAGCUAUAUCUAUAUUGAAAUGUAGUAUAACCAGCGCAGAGCGAGGAGCCCCAUCUUUUUACAAAUAUCUCCGCGUGUUACGGACUAACGCCGGCUAUUAGCAUAUAAAUCCGACGGUCAACGCGGCGCGCGCUUCUGGUCCCUCUGCCUCUGCAGUAGCUCCGAUGCUAAAAUAAUCAUUUGCAUAAGCAGGAUUCGCGCGCGCGAGAGCUAGAGACGUCAGCCAUUACGCGGCUCGUUCUUAUGCUUUUUUCAGGCGGCGUUACAUAACGGAUAAACUGAUAUCGCGCGUCCGAAUCUUGGCAGAUAAAAAAAAAUCCGCGAUAUCGAGCGCUGCGUUACGUAUUCUGUCUUUUUUUUCGGCGGUCGCACUGACGUGUGUAUACGCUAUUAUUAUCCAUCAACUCGUCGCGCUAUCGGUCACCAGGCGGUGGCUCGGCUUAUCUCGACGACGGAGUGUGUAUACAAUAAUCUUAUAACGCGCACGGCUGCCGAAAGUUCGUCAAAAAAGACGAGGAGGAGGAAAAGAGCGAGCGAAGAAAGGAGCGUUGAGUGGAUUAGCGCUGUCGCGCGGGAGCUAUAGUCGGUAAUUUUAUUGCGGCGAGUUAAGUCGCAUCGAUCAAACUCCUGUCGGAUAGAGAGAGAGAGAGAGAGAGAGAGAGAGAGAGAGAGAGAGAGAGAGAGAGCGCUCGCAAGUUCGGCGAACCGCUCGGAGUAAUUGGAAAAUUAUGCUAAAAUCGACGGGCGAUAAGGCGCGCGCGCGGACGAUAUGAAAAAUACUCCACGUAAUGCCGGAUACUCGCGCUUUAAACGAUUAUCGUCAUUAACCCGUCUCGGCGCAGCGGGUUGAUAUAGCGCAAGCGCUCAUUAACAUCCAAAUGAAAUUCUUUUCCAGCUCCCAUUUUUGGCAUACCGUGCGGUAUAUAGAGGCGCCGCGCCGCGUUCGCUCGUCCCAACGAGACGCGCGUGUCCCUAGCUUUCGAGUUGUAUAAUAUCGAGCUCGCAGCGCAGCGCAGCAGCGGCAACAACAACGACAACAACAACGGCAACUAGAACAGAGCAACGGCGUUGAUAAUCAUGGCAGGGCAUUAAUAUUUAUGAUAUGUUAAAGUCACUUGAGCACAGUAAUUAUAAAGUUUCGGAUGCUGCAAGCGCGCGCGCAAGCGAGUAUAGGGUUGCACGCACGCGAGGUGUUAAGCUCUCUCUCCUGCAGUCGCUGCAGCAUAAGCGUGCGCUUAUAUAUAUAAAGGUAUUAUAUGUAUACGCGUAUAUAGCGUCCGGGGGGCUAAGUGUCACGAGUUUGGAAUUUCGAACAGAUUACAACGAAUUUCGAGGCUGUUGGACGCACGGCUCCAGUGCAGUGUGUGCCGCAGCCGGAUAAUCUUAAAGCCGACGCUUGAUGCUCCGGAUUGUCUUUCUCGCCGACGGAGCAGAGCCGUGUGUGCAUACGCACCACGGACUUUUCAAAGCGGCGCUUAGCGAAGCGACGGACGAGUAAAGUGCUGCGAAAAUUUAAUUCGAGCAUCAUUAGAGCUUGACAACCGAUAACCCUGCGUCGAAAAACUCUCGAGAUAAUUAAAGCUGGCAGCUCUCGCGCGCACUAGUAGAGGCGGAGAGCGGAUUCCGCGGCGAAAGAAGGACCGAAUCACGCGGUUGCGGCUAAUUAAAACGGCGAACCCGACACAAAGCGGAUGGAGAGAGGUAGAGCUGUAUAGGGAGGGAGGCGGGCAGGCAACCAACUAACCGCUGGCGGCACGAGAGACGGAGAUAUGGAACGGACAAUUGCCGCUUGAUUUGGGGUAUGGGCCUCGGUUUUGCACCCACACACACACACAAACACACUGGACGCUGCGCUGUUUGCGCUUGGCGACUUGCCGCCGCUGUUGGCCAAUCGUCGGGGCAAACACGGAUUCGUUCAGCUUUGAUUGACGCAGAGAAGCCGCUGCAUAAUUCCUUCGGUCGCGCUCUCGACUCGCGGAGCGAGAUUUUCCCGCUAGCUACACCCGCAUAUAUGUUAUGUGUCUGCAGUGCACGCGCGCGCUGCGCUCCGCGGGUGAUUGAUGAUGACUUGGCUGCAGCGUAUACGUGAUGGGCUUUUAUUUAGCCGGGCUGAGCGCUUCCGACCGUUGAUUUUGCAAUCUCGAGAAAUUUCACGUUGCCUGACGUAUACCGUUGUAUUACUUUAACGUAAAAAGUACUCAUCGUUCGCCAGCGAGUCUCGAACAGAGCAGUAUGUGUAUAUAGAGAGAUAACGACAUGGUCGGCGUAGCCGCGCGCGCACUGAUGAAUACCAUUUGGAGAGCUGCCGCGAGCCGCCAAUCAGAUCCUCGGCGACUAAACACACGUAGACACCGCGUUCGACAUAGCGGAACACAGGAUCCCGGAGAGCCGUUGUUGCGCAAUAAGACAAAUCUCCUUGGCACGCUGGAUCGACAUCCGAGAACGCGGGAGUAGCCAGAGUAUAGAUUGCACAGCCGGAGCAUUAUCCCCGAUAGCUCUCGCGCCCGACGCCCUCCUGUGUAUAUAAUCUAAUAGUCCGCGUGCAGCGAUACGUAAAGUCGACCGUCGAUAAUCAACGGCGACAACGACGAGCUACGGAGGAAAAAAAAAUGAGGAUGAGAGAUGCAGAGCGCGCGCAGGUGUAUACGCGCGAGGCUUUUGAAAUAUGCAACAAGCGUGCAGGCCGCUGGCACAGGGGGUAAUUGGCAUUAUGCUCGGGAAUAAUCGAUAGUGACGAGCUAUCAGGAAUGUUGGCUAAUAGUUCGAUGCCUUGCCGGCGCUCGAGCGGCUGGCUGCUUCCGAUAACGAUGAAUUAUCCCCGCGGUGCACUGUGGCGCUCGACCUUUGUCGCGCGUAUAGUCCGUAUACUAUAUACAUAUACACCGGCUCUCUUCUUCGCUUUUCGAUUCUUCGUCGAACUUUGUUUUCUAAUCGAGUCCAGUGCGAGCGAGGUGACUCACACGGAGCCGCGCUGACCCAGAUCGAGCACGAAUUUAUCGUUAUUCUAUGGCCGAUUUCAAUUUUCCGUGUCAGAGAAGAUACCGCGGCUGAUGAUGUACAACGGUGUCAUCAAUAAUUUUUCACGCGGAGCAUAGAGCGAGAGAGACAGAAUGAAUCCACUCCGCGGGCAAUUAGCCGCGCGCGCGCGCGCUCGGAACAAAAACGUCCGCUUUACGAUCGGCGCCGUGUUAUACACUGCUCACACUGCUCCUCGAGCGGCACAAUGGAGGAAAAUUUUAAUGCUCGAGGGACAUCAAUUAGCCGCGAUCUUUAAAAGAGAACAGCCUUCUCGGGGAAACGACAGUCCGAUUUGCAAGUGUCUUGCGGCAGGAUGUGUUACGAUAACCGUGCUCUCGUUUGCGCUGCGCUGAUUCUCCUCCUCGCGGAGUUCACUUCGGUGCAGAGUCUGCCGGAUUUGGCUGUUCUAGACGAUCUUUUUCGGGAUGCGAGGGUCGAGGAUAAUCCCGACGACGGCCGCGUCGUCGGCGGCUACGAGACCAGCAUCGAGCAGCAUCCCUACCAGGUGUCCCUGCGCUACAAGGGCCGGCACAAGUGCGGCGGAGCCAUCAUCGCCGAGGACUGGGUGAUCACCGCGGCGCAUUGCCUCAAAUCCUCGAACCCGAGCCACCUGAGCAUCAAGGCGGGCUCCUCGACCCUGGGCGGCCGCGGCCAGGUGGUGGACGUGCACCAUGUGAUCCGCCACGAGGACUACUCGCGCCGCGAGUCCGACUACGACAUCGCCCUCCUCCAGCUGGAGUCGCCGCUCGCGCUGGGCAGUAAAAUCCAGCCGAUCGAGUUGGCCGAGGCCGCGGACUACUAUUCGACGGGAAGCAAGGCCUCGGUAACCGGCUGGGGCGUCGAGGAGAGUAGCGGCGAGCUGAGCAAUUACCUGCGCGAGGUCUCGGUGCCUCUCAUUUCCAACUCCGAGUGCUCCCGGCUUUACGGCCAGCGUCGCAUCACCGAGCGCAUGCUGUGCGCCGGCUACGUCGGCCGGGGCGGCAAGGACGCCUGUCAGGGCGACAGCGGCGGGCCACUGGUGCAGGACGGCAAGCUCAUCGGGAUCGUGUCCUGGGGAUUCGGCUGCGCCGAGCCCAACUACCCGGGCGUUUACACGCGGGUCACGGCGCUGCGCUCCUGGAUCAGCGAAAUAGCCGGUCUCUAACGAUCCCUCUUUCUUCUGCCAGCGAGGCAACCUGCACCACACGGAGCUCGAAUAAAUUUUUCCGGUUUCGAGGCUGGUCAUCUCUGCGACGCAGCUUCCACACCGCCGCCGCUGGUUCCGAGUUUUAUUUUCAGCGUUUUUUAUGUUUUCCAAUAAAUCUUUGACAAGCAAAUCGAGAGAAAGAGAGUUGGUGUUUAUUUUUGUUCGACGAAUUGGCUGCAACUGAUCCGUGUUGAUUUUCACGUAUGGACCGCGGCCGAGAUUUUUUCCCCACCGAGUUUGUUAUAUAUAGUGAAUGACGGGAGUGCGCGAUUGAAAAAUUCGGCUAACGAAAAUGAUUCACGCCGUUGAUUUUCCUGUCGGUCGCGACACCGAAUGGCUCUGUUAACCCCAGAGAAAUUAAUGCCAGUGUAUAGUGCAGUGUUCUUAGUUUCUGAUAGGAAACGAGAUCAGCCGGUUUUAAUGGCUUCGUGUGUUGCAACGGCUGUAAAAUUAAUAACGGCCGCUAUUGUUAGAACGGUUCGAGAUGACUUGAACUGCGUUAAAAAUUUACGGCAAUAUUAUUAUUAUUAUAUAUUCUG